ACUGUAGGCUUCACACUGCUGUAGGCUGCCAGCACCAUAUCUCAGAGAAGCAAGCAGAAAUCUGGGAAUUUAGAUAUGCAUUCCCCAGCUCCUCCUUCUAGUCCUUUCACACUUGACUUGGUGUUUCUCGGACCUCCUUCCAGAAAGUUCACCCUCCUUUUAUUUCUCAAGGGAAAUCUGCGAAAGACCGCCCAUAAUGUGACGUCACAGGCAUCCAUUAAGCGAGCGUAAAAGCGUCCCGCAAACAAGAUGGCGCACUCAUGGGGGCGGUUCUGGCUGCGGCAAUAACACGUGUUCUACGGUAGCCACACAGCAAUGGUAGUGGAGGCGGGCGCGGCCUAUUGCUGUACAGUGACGCAGUAGAUAUUCGUGCUGGUUGUGGCCUUUUCUUUGUGAGGGCUGAGGCGAGUAGCGACAGAGCGGGAAAUUUGUAAGAAAAGAAGGACAGUCUAUCGGUACCGGAAAAGGAGUAGCGUUGGGGGAGACGCAUUAAAUCUGAGCUCCUGCAAAAUCAUCAGUCACAAAAAAGUGUGUUCAAUCCAAGAGCCAUAUAUUUUUUUGAAUGAACCAAAACAGAUAUUAACAAGGCUGCUGAAAGAAGAAAUAUGUCUAAGGCUCCUACAAGGUCCAGUCCAUCACGAAGAGAUUUGUACAGUUAUGGGGACACCCGUGAUGCCAGACGUGACCGUUCUCCUCUCCGUACCAGCCCCAGAAGAGAGAACAGGGAAGCUAGAGAUGGCAGAGAUUCUCGUUCACUUCGUGAUGGGCGUGACACAAGGGAUGGAAGGGACCAAAGAGAAGCUAGAGAUGCUCAAAACUCCAGAGAUACCCGUGACCCUAGGGACUUGAGAGAUACUAGAGAUUCAAGAGAUUUCCGAGAACCUAGAGAUGCACGAGAAUACAGAGAACCUAGAGAUCUGCGUGAUCCACGGGAUACUAGAGAGCUAAGGGAUUCUAGGUCUGUUCGGGAUCCCCGUGAUGCGAGAGACAUCAGAGAUCCAUUGUAUGACAGAUACCGUGAUCUGAGAGACACUCGAGAUCCACUGUACAGACGUGAUGAGCAUUUUGAUAGAUACCGUCCUGAUGAUCUUUAUCGUAAGAAAGAUGACAUCCUUUUGGACCGUUACCGGGAUACAUUGGAUAGACCGUUAAGGGAACCUGAACCUGAUCGCUUAAAACGUGAGGAAAGGCGACGCGAGGAGUUGUACCGGCAAUAUUUUGAUGAAAUCCAGAGAAGAGUUGAUGCAGAACGCCCUGUGGAUUGCUCUGUUGUCGUUGUUAACAAGCAGUCGAAGGAGUAUGCAGAGUCUGUCGGCCGAAAGGUGCGUGACUUAGGCAUGAUGGUGGACUUGAUAUUUUUGAAUACUGAGGUGUCCCUGACACAAGCUUUGGAAGAUGUCACUAGAGGAGGCUCUCCUUUUGCCAUUGUAAUAACCCAGCAGCAUCAGGUCCAUCGCUCCUGCACUGUGAACAUCUUGUUUGGCACUCCCCAAGAACAUCGAAACAUGCCUCUUGCUGAUGCCAUGGUGCUUAUUGCCAGAAACUAUGAACGGUUCAAAUCAGAAACUCGAGAAAAGGAGCGUGAGGACAUUGCCCGUCAGGCGGCAAAAAUGUCUGCAGAUGCCAUUCUGAGGGAGCGUGCUCUGCUUGCAGAGGAGGUAGUAAGGGGGCCAGCACCUCCAGGCAUACAGGCUGUUCUUGGACUGCUUGCGGAUAAUAGAUAUGUAACUGUAGAAGAGAUAGAUAAAGUUAUCCACUAUCUACGUGACAAAAAGGAACGAUUACUUGGGGCACCAUCUGAUUCCUUGCCAUCACAACUUUCAAGACCAUCGAUGGGAGCUGCUCCAGUAUCAUCUUUGGAUAACCAAACCAGUGGCCUAGCAAAUAAUCCAGCUCUGCAGAUGACACAGACCAUAUCUUCUGCUUCUCCAGCUGGGCAGUCUGUGAAUACCUCGCAGCAAGAACUUCAAGCAAAAAUCCUCAGUCUCUUUAACAGCGGAUCUGCCGUUGGUGCAUCCAGUAACAGCCCAGCCAGUUCUACACCUGCAUCUGGGUCUGUCUCCAAUCAGAGCUUUGGAAAUAUGCCAAAUACCCAACAGCGUCCUGGUCAGAUAAACACUUCUGCUAUGGUUUCAUCUGCACAAAGACCUCAACCUGCUACAAAUCAGCUUCCAGCAUCUAUGGGGCCUGGAGGUCCUUCAGGGCCUAUAAGAGGCCCAGCACCCAGAUCUGGUCCACCUCCACAAGCUCAGGGUGUUUAUGGACAGCAUCAGAAUCGCCCUCAAGGACCUGUAAAUGUUCCUAACCAAAGGCCUGGAGGUUCCUCAGGCAUAAACUUUGACAACCCCAGUGUUCAGAAGGCUUUGGACACAUUAAUCCAGAGUGGUCCAUCCCUUUCUCAUCUUGUGAGUCAGACAGCAGGGCAGGCUGGCCGUGGUGGGCCCCUACAACAGUCUUUGGGCAAUUAUCCUCGCCACUUUUAGUGGUCAAAUGUUAUGUAAAAUGUUGUAUUGACCACAAGUUGCUUGAAUUUUGAUGUUCAUUAAUAUGAGGAAUGCAUUCGUUUUUUGCAUAUGAUUGUUUCUAAAGCGGUUGUAAUUGCAUAAAUAAGCUUCACCCAUAAUUUUGAGCCCAAGGUAUGGGUCUCAUAAAUGUUUUGUCUUUCUCUUACGUUGGGGUGGAAACAAAUGUUUGUGAUUUUUUGACUAUUGUAUAUUGACUUCUUACGUUCAGUUGUGUUCACAAUUUUUAAGUAAACAUCUAAA